AUGCUCACAUACGUGACGUUAAUAUCUGCAACGUAUACAAUUCCAUACUACACGAUGAUGUCACCAGUUCUUAUAUGGUUCGCCAUACGAUGGUCACAGCAGCUGAAAGUGACAAAGUUGAAGAUGCUCACCAAAUCUCAUUCAAAGGAAAACGAUAGCGUAGAAGAGCUCGCGGGCAAAGAGGCUGGUGUCACCCCUCCAGUUUACGAAGAAUUCGCGUAG